UACCCGGAAGAAGAGAGCGAGGAGGAAGUGGAAGAGGUGGUGGUGGUGGUGCAGUGAAUCAGUCCUCGGCCACGCGCUUCACGUGCUCCUCUUCCAAGAACUUCCGAGACGUUCGCGCUGUCGGGGAUUCUCUCCUUCUCGCGGAGGAUCUCGCGGUAUCCCCUGCGUGACCUCGUGGUGAGGAUCGCGGCGCGAUCGCAUCCUCCGGGGGACAUCGCGAUACCGGGGCAAGGUUACUGCGCGCUCGUCACGUCCCCAGGUGAGAAGCGCAGGUGAGAGGAAUCAUCACCGGGCAGGCGCGUCGGGAGGUGCAACUCCGCAUCGCUAUCUUCACGGCUCCGAUGUAAGAUGCGAUCGGCGGGCACAGCUCGUUCGCUACGUCGAUCGCGACAGUGCGGAGCUGCCUGCGUCGAGCGUCGGGAUUAAGACGUCGAGUGUAUCGGGGAAGGAGACGGUCGUCGUCGUUAUUCGCGACGAAGGGAUUGACGCGACGAAUCAAGAGCACGGAGCGUCCCCGAUGACGCUGCCGAGAACGACCGAUCGUUCGUGCGAUUAGUCGUAAGAGCGAGUGGCGCGCGUGCGGGAAGGAAGACCGAACCGUUCAGCAAGAUCGGGCGAUGAGAAUCUCCCCCCGAGCGUUCGAGGAGUCCCGGAAUCGUCGCCUCACGCAGCCCCGGGCGCCGAGGAGGCCGCGACGUCGUUGAAGGCCACCUUUCCAGGCGCCGGAGAUACGCCGCGUUCGCGAGAGAGAGGCACCCGAGGUUCACGAGAAUGUCGCUGCACUAUCCUCAGGGAUACCGGUACCGAUCCGCGUCGAAGGCGAUCAGCGGGACCGGGGUCGGCGAGCAGGGCUCCGACAGUGACGUGGCGGAGCUCAGCGACCUCGAGGACGACGAGGACGAGGAUGGGGCUCGCGUGUCCGCCAACAGGCGAGCGGUCGAGGAGAACGAAGAGGAGGACGACGAGGAUGAUGAGAACGAUCUGGACGACGACGACGACGAUGAAGACGACGACGACGAGGACGACGACGACGAGGACGAGGAAGAGGAGGGCGAGGGUCUACCCUAUCCAGGCUUCAUUCCGAUCGCUCUCAGAUAUCUCGACCAGACCACACGACCGCGCAACUGGUGUCUCGCGCUGAUUACUAAUCCGUGGUUCGAAAGGGUGAGCAUGAUGGUGAUCCUUCUGAACUGCAUCACGCUCGGGAUGUAUCAGCCGUGCGUGGACGACCAGUGCGUAACGAAUCGAUGUAAGAUACUGCAGAUGUUCGAUGAUAUCAUUUUUGCCUUCUUCUCCUUGGAGAUGACCAUAAAGAUGGUGGCGAUGGGGAUUUAUGGUAAAGGAACUUAUCUCGCGGAUUCCUGGAAUAGAUUAGAUUUCUUUAUAGUGUUGGCUGGCGCUGCGGAAUACUGCCUAAACGUGGAAAAUAUGAAUCUGUCAGCCAUCCGAACGAUAAGAGUAUUAAGGCCGUUACGGGCGAUCAAUCGAAUACCAAGUAUGCGAAUAUUGGUGAUGCUGCUGCUCGACACCCUUCCCAUGCUGGGCAACGUCUUAUUAUUGUGCUUCUUCGUCUUCUUCAUAUUCGGCAUCGUCGGCGUGCAGCUGUGGGAGGGCAUACUGCGCCAACGCUGCUUCCUCAAGGCUCUGCCCAACAUCAAGUAUCCCGAGUUACUCUCGGACGAGUACUCGGUUCGAUCACGCAUUUACGAUCUGGAGAAGUAUUUCGAGUAUCAGGGUCAGGAUUACAUUUGUUCGCGUCCCGACGACAGCGGGAUGCACUCCUGCAGUAAUCUGCCGCCUCUCAAACUAGGGAACUUGGUGUGCAACAGUACCGCCGUGCCAAACAGUAACGUCACGUACAUCAACAAUGAUACCUGCGUUAAUUGGAACUACUACUACACCGAGUGCAAGGGCCAGGGCAACAAUCCAUUCCAAGGAACAAUUUCGUUCGAUAACAUCGGUCUCGCCUGGGUUGCCAUAUUUCUUGUAAUAAGCCUGGAAGGAUGGACGGACAUAAUGUAUUACGUGCAAGACGCCCACUCCUUCUGGGACUGGAUAUAUUUCGUUCUCCUGAUAGUCAUCGGCUCGUUCUUCAUGAUCAACCUCUGCCUGGUCGUAAUCGCGACGCAAUUCUCGGAGACGAAAAAACGGGAGAUGGAGAGGAUGCGGCUGGAGCGAGCGCGUUACCAUUCGACCUCGACGCUCGCCUCGUCCACGAAUACCUCGGAGCCUACUACUUGUUAUGCCGAAAUCGUCAAAUACAUCGCCCACCUCUGGCGACGGGGUAAACGAAGACUGAUGAAGAGAUAUCGCCUGUGGCUGUACAGGAAGCAGCAGCAGCGGGAGCAGAAUCUACUCAAGGAUCAGCAGAGUCAAGUGUCUCGUUCGAACGCCGCUGCUGUCGGGCCGAAUCGCGUACCGGGCGAUAGAAGACUGCAUCACGGAAGGUGUCCGCGGCUCCUCGCCGCGCUGGAAUAUGCGGAGCAACAGCAACAGCAGCAACAGCAGCAGCAGCAGGCUAUUAAUGGUAACGGUGGAUCUGUCGCCGAUUUCGCCACGCUCACGUCCCCGACACAAUCUGCGAUGGCAAUUGCCGCUGCCACGACUGUCGGCAACAGCGUCGGUGGUAGCGGAAACUCGGGCACCGCGCCUCGUGCUAGCCCCGAGCUUUCCGAGGCCGAGACUCCCGCGAACAUGUGCCACCGAUUGAGCGUCCACCGCACCUCGUCCGUGUCCUGUAACGGAAGCGAGGCCGCCGUCGUGGGAAACGCGGCCGAGACGAACAGCACGUUGUUGAGUCCACCAUGUACGCAUUAUCGGAGAAGAAGCAGCGUAAUGUUUAGCGACGUGGUACUGCUCCAUGGCAGCAAUAAUGUCGGGAAUGCGUUGCAGCCGGGGUUGACGGUGACACCGGGCGAACGUAACGUCUGCUCGAGCGAGAAGAUGACACAGACGGGCGAUGGUAACGUUUGGUCCAGUCCGCUGCCGGACCACGCACAGAUGCAAGCCGAGCUGGGUGGCAACGAGGCUAUGACGUGUCAGGAAUUGUUGGCUCUCAGCGGUGCUCUCAGCGCUGCUCUGCCCACCGGCCAGCUAGCGCUCGAUUCGUUUCUAAAUUCUCUCACGAAAGGUAUAACAGAUCGUCACAUCACGUUGGAAGAACGCACGCAGUGGUUGACGUCUGACGUUGACAAUUGUUCCUGUUGCUGCGAGUUGCAAGGAGGUGAUCAGUGGCCGGACGACGGCGAGAAAUCAUGGCAAAAAUCUUCGCGGCCUAGACGGUUCCUGAGACGCGCCGUCAGCUGUUGUAUCUGCACGUUGCGCUGUAUAAGACGGUGGAUCAAGAAGCUCGUCGAGCACAAAUACUUUCAGCAGGGUAUUCUGCUGGCGAUCCUCAUCAACACUUUGAGCAUGGGAAUCGAGUAUCACAAUCAGCCGGAACAAUUAACAGUGGCCGUUGAGAUAAGCAACAUCGUAUUCUCGGCAAUCUUCGCGGUGGAAAUGAUGCUUAAGGUAAUAGCGGAAGGUCCGUUCGGUUAUAUCAGUAACGGCUUCAACGUUUUCGACGGCAUCGUCGUGAUCCUGAGCGUCGUCGAGCUCUGCCAGUCGGUCGUGGAGGAGCGCGGCUCCGGCAGUUCCGGUCUGAGUGUCCUGCGUACCUUCCGCCUCCUCAGGAUCCUGAAGCUGGUGCGAUUUCUGCCCAAUCUGCGACGCCAGCUCUUCGUGAUGCUGCGCACCAUGGAUAACGUUGCCGUAUUCUUUUCUCUUUUAGUACUUUUCAUCUUUAUAUUCAGCAUCCUAGGGAUGUACCUGUUCGGGGGUAAGUUUUGCAUGUGGGCGGACCGGAGUCGGCCCUGCACCUGUGCCGAGGUGGUCUCGCGGCACCCAUUGUGUCGCUGUGAUCGCAAACAUUUCAACGACAUCGUCUGGGCACUAGUCACUGUUUUUCAGAUCCUCACGCAGGAAGAUUGGAAUGUCGUUCUCUUCAACGGUAUGCAGAAGACGUCUCAUUGGGCAGCGCUUUAUUUCGUAGCGUUGAUGACUUUCGGCAACUACGUCCUCUUUAAUCUUCUAGUCGCCAUCCUCGUUGAAGGUUUCUCGUCGGAGAGAAACGAGAGGAGAGAACGGGAGCAGAGAGAAUUGGCGAAGAGACUCGCUGCAAAAGAGGCUGGAAUGGGCAGCGAGGACGGAUCGUCGAGAAUAUCGGGAUCGCAUUCGAUCUCUGACAGCGAUACGUAUACCCAGGAUCAGAAGAACUCGUGGCAGAGCGCGGAGGAACUUAGGAAGUACAAGGACAAUAGGGAGAAGCAGAACAGCGUGUGGAAGCAGCGGAUCGAUGAACCCAAGUGUAACAUCCAGAAAGAGAGCAAGAUGAUGGGUGUGGCGGGUCAGCCGCCGAUAAUUACUCAUACAGCAGCCACCCCUCAAGACUCCCCGAACACCACGUUGGACGUCGGCUACAGAGACCUCAAUUGCCGAGCAGUUUAUCCGGCUGCUGCACUUUCAAUCGAGUCCAUCGAUCGAUCUGGUAGUCAGUGCAGUAUACCCUCGGGAUUGCUCAAGCUGCCUGAUGUAUCCAACAAAAUACCGACGAAUAACUUAAUAGCUGGUCAAUUCCCGAGACGCAUAAGCCUCGUUACGGCCGUCGUUAAUCCCUCGACGAGGGACUCGAGCUCCAGUCCGCCGAGGGUACAAAGAGGAUACUCGUGGCGCUUGUCACGGCCAUCUUUGCGGAGGAAACGAUGGUCGCAGAGUGACGACGAGCACACCGGCCAUACUACUGUACUCAAUAAUGGGCGCAGUACUCUCGUUGGAUCCAAUCUGACAUUUAAUGGCGGUUAUUUGCACGGUUCGAUAAGAAACGACACGCAACGCGACGCGCCCAACAAUCGAACUACCGUCCUGACAAGCAAUAAUCGUAGUUUGAGUCCUAAUAAUUCGCUCGACAGCCGUGGCCCUUGGUCGAUUCGUCGUUACACAGUUACGCCUAAUCAGAUGCGAUGGAUCGGCGAGCUUUCGCGUAGGAAUUCAUUGCGCGGAUACGAGAACGUCCAGACGUCCACGAGGAAGACGCUGCCGUUGGACGAGAUGCUCGCGCCGUCCUCGACCCCACGCACGAUCAAUAAUCUUUCGAUGGAGACCGGUCCACUGCCGAGAAUCAAACGACUGCACGAACAGGAGGAGGAACGUCGCGAGCGUCCGAGGACGCGUGGCGAGCAGACGCCGCCGUCGAACGGUCACGGUAGCGCGAGCAGCAUCGAGAAGAUCAAAAAGAUAUUCAUGUUUUUCGAACCUAAGGGCUGCCUGCAGGAGCGCGACAAUUAUUCCCUAUAUUUGUUCCCACCAAAUAACAGAUUUCGCAUCUUGUGUCAAUGGCUCGUGGAUCAAAAAUGGUUCGACAACGUGGUAUUGCUAUUUAUCGGAUUAAAUUGCAUUACUCUGGCGAUGGAACGACCGAAUAUACCGCCGGACAGUCGCGAGAGACUUUUUCUUGCCACCGCGAAUUACAUUUUUACAGCUGUUUUCGCCAUCGAGAUGUUGAUUAAGGUUGUUGCAACGAGUAUGUUGUAUGGUGCAGACGCUUAUUUUACAUCAGGCUGGAAUAUUAUGGACGGAUCUCUCGUUAUCAUUUCUAUAAUUGAUUUGUCGAUGUCGUUGCUCUCGUCCAGUAGCCCCAGAAUAUUUGGCAUAUUAAGGGUAUUUAGACUGCUGAGAUCACUGAGACCUCUGCGAGUCAUUAAUCGUGCACCUGGCUUAAAGCUGGUCGUUCAGACAUUGCUGUCUUCGUUACGACCUAUCGGCAACAUCGUUCUCAUCUGCUGCACGUUUUUCGUGAUCUUUGGUAUACUCGGGGUGCAGCUGUUUAAGGGUGCGUUCUAUUAUUGCGAAGGCCCCGACAUCAAGAAUGUACGCAAUAAAACGGACUGCUUGGCCGAUAAGCGAAACAUGUGGAUGAACAGGAAGUACAAUUUCGACGAUCUUGGCAAAGCACUUAUGUCGUUAUUUGUUUUAUCGUCGCGAGACGGAUGGGUAAACAUCAUGUACACCGGUCUAGACGCUGUCGGAGUCGACCAGCAGCCUAUCGAAAAUUACUCCGAGUGGCGAUUAUUGUAUUUCAUCGCGUUCAUAUUGCUGGUGGGUUUCUUCGUGCUGAAUAUGUUCGUCGGCGUGGUGGUCGAGAAUUUUCACAGGUGCCGCGAAGAGCAGGAGAAAGAGGAACGCGUGCGAAGGGCGGCGAAGCGCGCGUUGCAGAUGGAGAAAAAGAGACGAAAGAUGCACGAGUCGCCGUAUUACACCCAUUAUUCCAAGUCGCGGCUGUUCGUCCACAACGUCGUGACGUCCAAGUACUUCGACCUGGCGAUCGCCGCCGUCAUCGGUCUCAACGUCGUCACGAUGGCCAUGGAGUUUUACAUGAUGCCGAAAGCGCUCACCUACGCACUGAAGAUCUUUAAUUAUUUCUUCACCGCCGUCUUCAUUCUCGAAUCCAUAAUGAAACUUGUCGCCCUCGGGGUGCAGCUUUAUCUGAAGGAUAAGUGGAAUCAAUUGGACGUGGGGAUAGUGAUACUUUCAGUAGUCGGCAUCGUGCUGGAGGAGGUCGAAUCUAAAAUUAUCCCCAUUAAUCCCACGAUAAUUCGCGUAAUGCGAGUGUUGCGGAUAGCCCGGGUGUUGAAACUCUUGAAAAUGGCGAAGGGCAUACGUGCCCUCCUGGACACGGUGAUGCAGGCGUUGCCGCAAGUCGGCAAUCUGGGACUGUUAUUUUUUUUACUUUUCUUUAUAUUCGCCGCGCUAGGGGUAGAACUCUUCGGCCGAUUAGAAUGCAACGACGAGAUGCCUUGCCAAGGUCUUGGCGAGCACGCGCAUUUUAGUAACUUUGGCAUGGCCUUUUUGACGCUUUUCCGGGUCGCCACUGGCGACAAUUGGAAUGGGAUCAUGAAGGACACGCUAAGGGACGAUUGCGACGAUGCGGCGGACUGUGUUAAAAAUUGUUGCGUGAGCAGCAUCAUCGCGCCGAUAUUUUUCGUGAUUUUUGUUCUGAUGGCGCAAUUUGUACUGGUCAAUGUCGUCGUCGCUGUGCUGAUGAAGCAUCUGGAGGAAAGUCAUAAACAGAUGGAAGACGAGCUUGACAUGGAAAAUCAAUUAGAGAGAGAAUUAGCGGCGGAGCAGGAAGAACUUCUUGAGGAGGAAGAUGAGGACGAAGUAGCGAUAAAUGGUAGAAUAAACGGCGACGAGGAUGACGAUGAGGAUGAUAAGGAACGCGAGUCAAUGGUGGUAAACGAGAAAAUACACUCCAGGAGACCAGGAUUGGCCAAAGUUCGGUCUUUGCCUGCGAAUUUCAUUUACAAUCCACCGAGGGAGAGAAACAUCGAUGAUGCCUCGAUUUCCGUAUCCUUGGACGAGAAACGUCGCAGUUCGUAUUAUCAUAGUUCAAGACCGUCCAAGUUUAAGUCGAAACGCCGGCAAACCUUCCACUCGAGCCAUCAUCAACGAAGAUCACUGCUGCCGAUGCACUUCGAGGUCGCUGAAGUCUUCGAGAAGCCCGUGAGCAAUCUGAGCGUACCUCGAAUUAUUCCACAUCGCAGCUACGCCACGACUAGUCAAGACGUCAGUCGCAUACGUCACAAGUUGCCGGUGACCACCAGUGAAAUACGUGAAAAUAAAUCUCUGUUAACCGUGAACAAGCCGCCGACCAGCCCCACGAUCACUUCCCCCGGCUCGAGCAGCACCCUGAGCGUCCCACCAAAAUUGACCAGCGACCGUUUCCUCAUGCCUCACGCCGAGAUCUACCCGUCCAAGGCGACAAUGAGCCGUCGGACAUCGAGCGACACACAAUCUCCGACACCGUCGGACACGAGCGCGAGCGCGAGCGCGGGCGCCGGUAGCAGCAGCACACGAACGCCCAGCAUCGCGAAUGGCUACGCUGGCGGCAAAGUCCGACUGGAGGAACCAAAGAUGAAGACGGAGGAGAGAAGACGCCCGCCGGCGGCGACGACGACGACGACGACGACGACGGCGGCGGCGGCGGCGGCGGCGGCGGCGCCCCAGGAAGACCUCGAUGUGCAAUCCGUUAUCAACGAGAGGAGGCCGUCCAAGCUGAGGACGCACGACGCCACCGGCGCGUCCACCACCACCAGCAUCGCCAGCGAUCAGUACAGCGCGAUGAUCCGCGGCGAGGGUUACAGCCACAUCUACGUCACCACCGAGGACAGAUCCGACGAGGUCCCGUCGCCGUGCGGUAACGCGAGCGAGAGCACCGGCACCGGCAGUCCGAGCGUCGCCGGAAGCCUCAGCGCCGUCGCCAGCCUCAGCGUCGCCAUCAGUGCCGGCGCGGCCGGUACCAUCAGCAACGGUAGCGGCAACGGUAGCGGCAGUCGAAGCGGUAACGGCGACGACGGGGUGCACAUCGGCGAAGGCGGCGCCAUCGGAUCCGACGUGAGAAUAUACGUGGACGACACGGACUCGGCGAGCAGCAGCAACGGGCAACGGCGCGGCGGCAGAUUGCGCGACGACGAGGCCCAGGACGUCUCGUCCACCGUCUCCUCCACUACGACGAUGCGAAACGGUAGAAACGGCAGCGGCGGCACGGACGAAAGCAAGGAGUCACCCGAGAGACCGUCCUCCACCGGUGAAUCGUUGGAUCCCUCUUAAUCCAGGGCGGGCGAGCCGAUGUAGCCUCUAGUCGUACGUACGGGAUGUUUCGAAGGGAUGAAACAUAGUACACUGUUAUACACGUGGUUAUAUACACUGUACGGCGGAAGUACAUCGCGGUGGAAGAUGACGGGUGGGAUUUAAGAAAGGGCUCUAAGAAAGACUGUAGUGCAUGACAAUAUAGUCGUUAUAUUCUAGUCACUUCGCCGCCGUGAACUUGCCAAAACGAACAUAAGUCGAGCAUUUAGAGGGAGGUUGAACUUUCGAGAGAAGGAGAGAGAGAGAGAGAGAGAGAGAGAGAGUACGAAAAGAGAAUAUCCCGCGCAUCGCAUAAACGAGAUACGAUCGCGCGAACGGUAUGAUGUAAUUAAAAGAAUCUACACCGAUUGCGUAGCGCAAAACGGCUAUGCAAAACGCGCGACGUGCGCGUAUCACGCAACUUGCAAACCUAUGACAAUCUCUUAUUGCCAACGGAACUAACUUCAUUGUUCCGUUUCCGAAGCGUCGAUUGGAAGUCGAUUCGUAGGAAUUGGUAGGAAGAAGAACGACGUAGACCGCGUCGAUAAAAAUUAGAAAAAAAAGAGAGAGAGAGAGAGAAUUUCAGUAGUUUAUAGCUAGAUCUUAUGUCGAGUCUACGCGACAAAACUGCAAUUAAUUGGACCACACUGUCUCGCCUUUCCUUAUUCUCUAACUCUUGAAAAUUGCGCGCGUUUCGCCGAUUGGAAAUCAAAGAUGUCUACAAUCGAUCGAUAUGGAUUGUAUUCUAGUCGUUGAAUCGACUAACGGGAAUGAGACAAUUGAUCUGCCAAAUUGAACUGAUGUAAAUUUUUUGCGAUUAUAUAUAUACAUGUGCCUGAUCUUUUAACUAAGAAUAAUCAAAUUUAUAUAAAUUCGAAUGUAUCUAGUUUAGAAAGAGGAUACGACAAUUAGUCUUGUAUUUGAGUAUCGAAAUGAUAUAGAGAUUUUGAUUUUUAUAAUUAAUUUCUUUAAACCGGAAUUAAAGAUUCGAUCGAUCAAUUGUGGCGAUUACUGGACAAUCGGCGUUCGAGAAUCGUGAUUUAUCUUCGUUUCGUUCACUUCACUCUUUUCACACGUUAGAACGUUCUUCUCGUUGACAUCUGUGAUAUACUUUAAUCGUAGUGUAUUUCCUAACGGUAACAGCAAAUAUCAGAAUGAAAUCGUAACAUCAGAAGCAGCAGCAGCAGCAGCAGCAGCAACAACAGCAGCGGCAAGGAACAGCAGCAAUUUAGGGAUGAUAGCUGACUUUUUAAUAAAACGAAAACCAAUGUUUCGGUGGCUUUCGUGGGGGCGUAAAAAUAGAGAGACAAAACAAAGAUAAAUAGGAACUCUAUACUGUACAUACAUACACCUACGAAUAUUCUAUACUCUACACUUGGUGUGGUUUAUUUUGAUACUACCGCGUGCGGUAAUAUAUUUAACGAUUGUCGAAGUAAAUCUAACAAAAAAAAAAGUAAGAAUAAACAACUCUAUGCCUUUUACGAGCGUUGACGAAUCUUCGUGCGGUGGUGGUGCCCACGUUCUUUUCUUUUCAGCUGCGAAAUGAACGACUGACAACUCCAACCACCCUUCGUCGGGUCGAAGGUGUAGUCGUUAAAAUCACAUUCAGGCGUGCCGGGCGCGUCGUAUUGCUUGAAAAAAAAAAAAAAAAUUAGUAAUCGUCGACCGAUCGAUCGCGUGGUCGAUACUGCGUUUCAUUUGAAAAGCCUAACAAAAUCUCGAGCGGCGUUUUUGCGUUGAGUUUAAGUGGAAUUCCUGGUCCACUGCUCAUCGGAACAAUUGCACUUCAUCAUUGAGUCUUCGGUAGAAACGCUUUGGUGAACGCAUAGUGGUUCCAUGGAGUUGCGCUUAACACCAGAAUGGCUGGGAUUUUGCUAUCUAGAAAGGGAUAGUUUUUUAUAACGUGAAUGGAAAAAAAUUAUAUAGCAUUUCAAAAAUAUAAUACAACUCUUUCUGUCUUGAAUAUUUUCUCAUUUCUUGAAUAUUUUUGAUGAUAUUUGUUAAUUACACAUACAUUUUCUACGCUUAAUUAUUUCUAAAGAAAUCGACUUUCAUAGAUUGUCGUAUGCGAAUUAUUAUUUAAAUGAAUUUACACAGUUUGGAACUGCGUCAUUAUGUAAAGAAAAAGUAUGAUUUGAAACUUUUACAAAAUCGCAAGCUUUGUAAGAUUUUAAAAAAACACGUAGUGACUGUCUUAUGAUUGUCUUUGCCAUUCUGGUGGUAAAUCUCAACUGGAAACGAUGUAGCACAAAACAAAUACGUAGCAAGCGUAGAAAGAAAGCAAUGAGCGAUUCUGAAUUGCUUUAUCAGAUCACAUUGAAUCGAAUCCAGACCAAGUGAACGAGCGUAAGCAAACGCGAAUGAACAAUAUCAGCACUGUUUGCACUUAUUGAAGCAAUUGUUGUUCAUUCGGGUUUGUUUGCUCGGUCUAGAUCCGGCUUUCAUUUAAGGAAAGUACGUAGAUAAUCUCCUAUCCAUGUGCUUACGUACAUGCACUCACGUUUCUUCGGCACCACGACCGGCUCUCGAUAGCUCGAUAGCGUUAGACGACUGACCUCCGAAUUAUAGUUACUCUAGACACGCGCCGAUUACGAUCGUGCGCGAGUUCGCCGAUCAGCUGCACACGUAUCGAUAGUCCGGCAGUUGUGUACUGUAUAAAAAGAAAAGAGAUACAUAGAAACAUCGGUUCAAAAGAGGAAGGGGGAGAAGUAAAGGGUCGUUAGAGAAUUUUACGAUCGUGCUGUGUACACGCGUGAUGGAAAGAGGAAUGGUCGUAUCGAAACUUUUGCAGCGUGCCUCUCGAGUCUGUUUUUCGCCCGUAUAGAGAAGGCGGCGCGUAAUCGUCGAAUUAACGAGAGAAAACGGCAAAACUACAAAACUAGACGUAACGAGAGAGAAGCAGAAACCAAAGAUGGGCGGGGGAGGGCCGCGAUCGGCCCUCCCCGAGAUAUAUAACGUGCUAUUUUAAUUACGGUAAAAUGAGAUAACGGCUGGUUGUCCGUAGAACCGCCGGGAGAGCGUCUUUUCCUGUGUCUGCCUGAUAUAUCCUGCGUGUAUGCACUUUAUGACGGCUGCUUGAUGCGAAACUUUGGCCUCGCUGCACCACACGAAGCCGGAGAGUACGAUAAGAGUGUGGGAUACGUGUGCGACGAAGAACGCGUGAGAGGAGAGAUUCGAGGUAGCGGAGAGUUCGAGGGGGAAAAAAAAACUAAAAUAUGUACAAAUGUAAUAAAUCGAGCGACGAUUACGUUGAA